AUGCCGCCUCCACGAGGGCCCCCUAUGAUCCCAAGUGAGCACAUGUCGGUCGGCGGGUACCUUAGACAACACUAUGAAUCACACAGUAUGCUUGUCACUGCUGAGAACACAAGAAGUUGGACCACUUACCUGGAGAAAGGUUUUUCAUAUGCUGCUGGACAGCAAUUUGAUAUCCCAACCGCUGGUAGUUCGCGAGCUGCACAGAACAUUCCGCCCCAAAUGCGUGAUGCACGAUGGGAUAAAUACCUCUUGAGUAAUCCUAGGAGGUGUCUUGAGAAUGGAGAAAACGGCGAUGCUGAACUAAAGUCUCAAGCGAGAAAGCGGCGAGGAGAACCAGCGCGCCAGUCAAAGAUGGCAGCGAGGGAGGCCGCUGUGCCCGGUGGAGUUGGAUCAAAUCACGGACCCCGAGGCAAGGUGCGGUACAACGAUUUUGGACUCCUCGAGUUUUGGAAAGCCGAUGAAGAAGCAUGGAUACCCGCUGUAUACCAUUGCAGGAUCAGAGCCAAAUUAAUCAACAUGGCUAAGACUUGCGAGGCGGACGUCUACAGACACCCUCGCGCUUGUGGAGAGCACGAUCUCGACAUCACAGCCUUUUUGGACUCACAAAAAGACUGGGAUCUUGAGCGGGAUAAUGGCUGGACCAAUAUCCCAGACGGUGUGCUAUACAUGUUCUCCAUGACCGGCUAUAAGACUCCUACUUAUGAUGUCUUAUGGAUGUAUGAUGAAGGAAGCGUUGUCCUGGAUCUAGACAACCAUCCUGUGAAGAACUACAGCAACAUCCCAUUGACAAUAUCAUCGAAGAUAGAAGGUGCACUGAUGGAAGCAAUUCGUCGACUUGACCGGAGGAUCACAAUGCAGGAUUUUGAGGCAAGACUACCCAAAGAAUGCGGGAAUGGCGAAAUUUUAACGCCAGGCGCACUGAACAUGCGCGUGUCUCGCUUCCGAUUGGAGAAUUGUGUCCCAGCUUUGAAGGAGCGCAAGGGUACGAAGAAUUUGCGGCAAUACAUAUGGAAUCUCAUGAGCCCGGCCGCCCGAGACGCAAACUCAACUCGAGAGUUGAGCAAGCUCUCGAAGGACCAGCAAGAAGAAGCGCGAAAACAGAAUGCCGGAAAGCACGAUGCCAACGCAGGAGGUUGGGCGCGUACCAAAGAAAGCCAGAGUAAUUCAAGCAAAGAGGUUUCAGCACCAGUGAACGCUCAGGAGAAAGGUACCACAAAGUCAGCGUCGUUACGAUCCAGUCAGAACAAACCACCAUGCUUGACUUGCAGAAUCAGCUAUGAUGGCAACACAGAGCGUCAACCUCCAUCCUUUGCUUCGGAACAAGGAAGGAAAAGUCAUCCCAGCAAGCGUCGAAAAGUUCGCGAAGCUACACAAAGCGCCAUUCAUGCCCCGCAGGGCUCAUAUCCGAGGGUACCCUAUGGAGACGCGUCAUUUAAUCCCUUCCUGCGCUCCGCAAAUCACGGCUAUGGCCCGAUUAACUCCAUCUUGCCGAGCGAAGUCGCAUUCACAACAUCCAGCGACAAUUCACUGCCUUUUCCAACUUUAAAUAGGCAAAACCCAUCCGCAGGGUUCGGCUGUGCCACGACACCUAGUCCAGCGCUACCGAGAGCGUUCCACAACGGUCAACAUCUGGUACCAUCGGCUCAGCAUGAUUGUACUCACCAGCGUCCAGACGUCGAAAAUACUUUGGAGAACCCUUACUGCAAUUUUGAUCUACGGACUUGGUCUAUUGAUGAUCCGGCAGAAUUUGUUUCCAGUACCAGCCAACGCAUCGUCGACACUUUAGCGAACGAAACAGACCCUAAUUCGUCCAUGGAAAUCGACUACCGAAGUCUUCCGCCACGAAAUGAAGAGGAGAUGGAAGACAUACAGAGAGCUCUUGCCCUAACAAGAGCCAAUUAUCACUUCCAUACCAACUGUGAUAGUCUCGAAACAACAAGGUCUUUAAGCUACUUCCAACAAGUGGGGCAGCUAAUGGACAGCUUAGCUGAAUAUUGGACGCUAUUGGACAACCCUCCACGGAUGCCGGAUCUGAUGACAUAUCAAGAGCCAUGGAGAAAUGGCUUCAAAAGUUGGACAGUUUGCGCAGGCGGCGGUGAAGCGUUGGUGAAUGAGAUAUUUGACCAGUAUGGAGGCGUCAUAGAUGACGGGAGAUGA